ACAUCUUUGGAUGUCCAUAAAAAAAAGGUGUAGAUUGUGACUGGUUUUGAUUUGCAUGGCCACCGAUAGGGGGCGGUAGAUCAAAAUCCAGUACGCUUUCAAUUAAUAUUCCCCAACCCUGAAACUCUCCCUCCUUUUGGUUGGUUUGUUUGGAUUGGAGGAUUCUCUUUCCCAAACAUCCCACCCAACAACUAUUCCAUGCAUGCCUAUCAACUCUAAUCUUCUCUUCAUUAUCAACAACUUCCCUUCUUCAUUCAUAUUUUCUUCAGCCUUUCUGGGGGAAUUUAGACCAACAAAUUCAUCAUCACAUUCACAUGGUUUUUUCCAACAUUUGUUUUCAAGAAAUUUGUAGUUGAUACGAUUGAAGAUUGAAAGUGUGAACAUAUUUGAAGUGGAAGGUUAAAGUACUGAAAAAUGAAUCAAGGAGGUGCAUCUGCAAAAAUGUCCUCAACUGCAGUGAAAGGGCAGAUGAAAGGCCUCCUUAAAGGACUUAGAUACAUAUCCCAAAUAUUUGACGAGGAGGAUGACAAGGAGAUACAAAUUGGAUUCCCAACAGAUGUAAAGCAUUUGGCACAUAUUGGAUGUGAAGAUGCCAAGGCAAAUGCACCUAGCUGGAUGACAGAGUUCACGUGUGAAGGUGAAGAUAGUGGUAAUAAUAGUGAUACAAAUAGUAUAAAAGGAGAUGGAAAGAAAAGCCAUAAUCGAAGGUCAAGGCAACGUUCAUCAGAUAGCCAAUCAUCAACGAACUCUCCACCACGAGAGGAAGCCACCUCAAAGACCUCUCGACGACACCACUCUUCAGAAUCUUCUCGAAAACAACGUCAAUCCACUGAAGAAGAAGAUAGCAACAAGCCUCCAACUACCAAAUCCUCGCACCGUAGAAAGUCCAAAACGACGACGUCUGAGGACAAGGACAAGGAUAAGGACUCUUCCACUAAGAAGGGCCCUAGAACCCGAAGGUCGUCCAAAGCUGAUUCCUUAACUGACGUAUCUUUCACGGAUCUUGGGUCUGGGCCUGGAUCUUCCGUCCAGUAGACACAUACUUUGAUUUAAUAGUGUGCGCUGGCAUAAAUAAAUAAAUAAAUUAUUCAGUUUUAGAGAGAGAUUUCAGGAGCAGGAUAUCUAUUUUAUUCUUCUCUUGUUAUAAUCACAUUGUAUCAUCAUUACUUAUUUUACUUGGUCUUCUCACUUCAAAAUAUCACACUACUUUUCUUCCA